AUGGCGUGCGCCGUCUCGACGUCCUCCAGGGCACUGCUCGUCCGGAGCGGCGUAGGGGGAGCCCGAGAGCUGGGCGGCCGGAUCGGGCGCAUAGCGGAGACCGCCGCCUUCGGGGUCGAGCUCCUCGCGCGCGUCAGGUGGCAGAAGGACAAGCGGGACCUGGGACGCUGGAUGCGCACCAGGGCGCAGGAAAAGGGGCCCCUCUUCGUGAAGAUCAUGCAGUUCGCGUCCGUGAAGGGAGAGGGCCUCGACGACGAGGUACUCGACGAGCUCCGGCGCCUCCAGGACGCCGUUGAGCCGUUCGAGCCGGCGGCGGAGCAGCUGGAGGUCCUGAGGAGCUACGGCGUUCCGGCGGACGCCCCGCCCAUCGCCUGCGGGUCCGUCGCGGCCGUGUACAGGGGCACCGACGAUUCCGGACGGGACGUCGCCGUGAAGGUCAAGCGGCCCGGCGUGCGGCAGGCGUUCCUGGACGGCUUCCGGGACUGCAGCCUCGCCUUCGACGUGCUCAAGGGGCUCGGCGUGCCCGGGACUCAGAACCUGAAGGACGUCGUCACGGAGAUGAUGCCCGUCGUGAUCUCCGAGACCGACUUCCGGGGCGAGAUCCGCAACGCGAGGAGGUUCGCGGCCUCGCUGGCGGGCCUGGACUUCGUGAAGGUGCCGCUGGUGUACGACGGCGGGCCCGACUUCAUCGUCAUGGAGUACGUGCCGUCCCGAAAGCUAGACGACGCGGAGAACGUCUCCCGGAUCGCCGAACCAGGCACGAUCGCCGUCCGGCUGGCCGCCGCCUUCGCAUUCCAACUAUUCCGCAGCGGCUUCUUCCACGGCGACCUCCAUCCCGGGAACGUCGGCCUGACGGACGACGGCAGCCUGGUGUUCUACGACCUCGGCUCGUGCAUAUCCCUGGACGCGCGGCCUCAGGCUUACUUCAAGUCGUUCGUGGAGGCGACCGUCCAGAACGAUCAGAACAAGCUGCUCGACUGCCUGACCGGACUCGGCGUCGUGGACGUCUCCGGGAGCACUCCCGUCGAGGCCGCCAUGAUCAAGAAGGAGCUCCGAGCGGUCAUCGCGCUCCUGAGGGCGGGCGGCACCCACAAGCAGAUCCGGGACAUCUUCGAGACCAACGAGUCCUUCACCAGCAACUACAAGCGCAUCUUCCGCCCGAGGGUAGAGGUCAUGUACCUCAUACGGUCGGGGGGCAUGGUGGACGCGCUCUGCAAGACCCUCGACCCGGAGUUCGACGGAUUCGCCGUGGCCAGAGACAUACUCCCCGACUCGACCAUCGACGGGGUGAGCAUCAUGCGCGAGAUGGGGCGCGGCGUCUUCGACCUCCCGGCCACCGUCAGGGGGCUCUCCUCGCGGAUCGAAGACCUCGAACUCUCCCUCGCCACGGACUCCGGGAGGAGGGACCGGACGUCGCACGGCACCCUCGCCCUCCUGCUGAUCCUCCUCUACCUGAACUCGUCCAUACGCUUCUUCCAUCCAUCGAAGAGCAGGAUCUCCUCCGCGAAGCAGGCGGGCAGGGCCGAGUCGAAGGCCGAGUCGGUGGCACCGGCGGCGAAGCGCUCCGCGGCCUCCCGAGCCCGCACGUCCAGCUCCAGAGCGAGGCGCUUGGCGCUCCUCGACACGGACCUCUCGGCGUCCGUCCUGGCCCGCUCCGCCACGUCCCCGAUGAUCCGGAUCUUGGUCAGCGAGUCCCUGGACCCGCGCUCCGUCCUCCCGUCGCGUCUCCCGGCCAUGGACUACGGUCAAAUGCGGUGGAUCGUCACGCACCUGAUGGUCGCGUGCGCCGCCUCGCUGGCCGCGUCUCGCAUCCUGUCCUUCCGCGGACACGGCGCCGUGGAGACCACACGCGUCCGCUUCGUCGCGGACCUGACGGACGGCAAGGUGACUCCCUGCAGCGCCGCGACACCCCACCCGCCCGACCACGCCCCCAUGUACGUGGCCCCGGAUAUGUGGGACGACGGCUACGUGUGCGGGACGUGCCACGUCAUCGGCGGCACUGGAGAGCGGCCGCUGCUCGCCUACGUGGCCGGGAUCUGUCCGGACUGCUCGGCGGGGUCCGUCGCCAUCGCCGCGCGUUACUCGGUCGCACCGUCGUCGCCCGUCAGAGGGAUCAUCACGAGGACCAGGUGCCCGAGGUCGGCGGAGACCGAGAGGCUCCCCGUGACGGACCACGGCGGCCACUUCGCGACCGUCGACUUCGCUCCGCUGGGAGACGAAGCCGGGAACGUGAUGGGAGUCGAAAUCUCCUCCGAGCGCGGUCGGGAACAUCUGGAGCACGCGUACGCCGCCAUGUUCCAACUGCCCGACGUAGCCGCCGACGCGAGCAUCUCACUCACGAUCACGGACGGCUUCAAGACGGAGCGCACGUACGCCUGCACGAGGAGGGGCUCCGAGAUGGAGUGCACCAGACGGCACCGGAGCGACACCGCGAGGAAGCCCCUCUCGGCCCCUCAGAGUCCGCCCGAGAGCUUCUCCGUGCGGGUGCCCAUAGCGCCGGGCGCCGGCAUCCCUCCCGAGACCAUCCGCUUCCGGUCGACCCCGUCCUGA